GCGAUUUAUUUUUAAACCAACUAGGGCAGUUGAUUUCCCCUCGAAAUUAUUUGUUUUGAUUUUCUUUAAAAUUUACAGCAUUAAUUAAACUAGUUAAAAAUGAAUGAUCCGAACCAGAACUAUCAAAAUCAUCCAGCACCAGUAGUGAUAAAUCCACCAAGCUCAGCGAAUCCACAACAAGGAGCGAUGAAUUAUGGAUUUUCCACAGACGAGCUUCGUGUACUAAGAGAAUGCAACAUUGAGUCAUUUUAUCAGAGGAGCUUACCCAUUGGAGUUGGUAUGGGAGUAGCUACAUGGCUAGCCGUUCAAAAAGGCAUUUUAACAGCAUCGACAAAAUUUGGACCUACCCCAAAAGUGGUUGUUGCAGGAAUAAUGGGAUAUUUUAUUGGAAAGUUCUCUUACCAAAAUAAGUGUGCAGAAAAGAUGAUGAGACUGCCAAAUUCGAGAUUGGGAGAAGCACUGAGACGUAGAAAGAAGGGCGAAUAUUUCGAACAAAUUAAUUCAGAUGGUGGCUUGUCAUUGUCACCUUUUUCGUCAUCAACGGAUGUCUAUACUGAUGAGUCGAUGAAAGGCUCUCAAAACAAUUCACUGGAUCUUGAUAUUGAAAGACCAGUUAAUUUUGGACUAGAUGAUACUUAUAGACCAUCAAUUGAUACGCCAGAUAGAAGUUUCAAUGAUAAUUUGCCGUUGGAAGCUCCAAAAACUACAACGACUUAUGAAGAAUUACGUAAAAGGAAUAGAGAAGAUUAUGAUAAAAAGGCUGCUAAUCCUUAUUAUAGACCAAUUGCACAAGAUGAAGCUCCAACUGUUAUUAGACAGCGUGAGAGACCGACUGUAAAUGAUUAUCCAUUGCAAUCAGGUCCACAGAACAAAUAUGGAGAUGUUUGGACGAAAUGAAUUGUUAAUUAAUGAUGUUCCUUUAGUGCAUUACAUAAUAAAUCAAGAGUGUAGCUCUAAGCGCUUUUACUUACUGAUUAA